AUGGUGUACAAUUACCCUCUUUCCGAUGAUGAUGUAGUUAGAGAUAAGGUAUCAUCUACAAAUUCCCAUAACCCGCCUAGACCUGAAAUCCAGAUUCGUGGGGUAGCCAAGCAAAUCAAAAGUAAGUCGAAAAAAGCUAGAAACAACGACACAUCCCCAUACAACCUCCCCAGUGAUAACACGGUGUCCACCAUGGUGAGUGUCAAGGAAGAAUUAGAGCUCAUUAUUGUAAGGGAAUGUCGUUCGGAUCAUGAACUUAAAAUGCUGGAACGCGCCUGGUUACAAGAAAUCGUAAAACCUCUUCUCAGCUAUCUCCAUCGCCACAAUGUCAAACCCACUACCAAAACUCAACGAGAUGCCUACUUAUACUCCCGCUUUUUAACCCUGAAGGAAUGCACUGCCAAUGUUCCUACCCUUUUUUCUCGCCUAACCAAAAAGCUUGCUAAGAAUGACACUUGGACGUCACCCCUACAUAACCCUAUCAAGGAUUAA